UCUUUAUUAUACAACCGCAUUCGGGGAAGAAUUUCUUCAAUUUUCUCCUUUUUUACCGGAUUCUGAGGUUAAUUCUCGCGUCAAAUAGCUUUAGGUGCCCCGUGACUUGACUGCAAAAUGUUUAGCAUGCAUCGCCAUCUUCGGAAGUGUUUUGCCUUUCGACUGUUGCAGCGAGGGUCUCACAGCGAAGUAGCUUCGAUGGCAGCAGUGUCCCGGGCGGCAUCCGAUGACAAAGGACAAACGACAAAAGUUGACGUGACGAGUAUGGAGGAAGUUAAAAGUGCUUCGACGAUGUCAACGGGCAGGAGAAAAGGAAUGGUUGCUGCUGCCUUUGCCUCGUUGAAGGAUGAAAGCUCAAAGGACAAGAGUGUGGCUUCGUUGCUGGUCGACGAGAGAAUUUUGAAGGCAAAUACCGUCAAUGAGCUGUUAUCCAUCGGCACGAAUAAGGAAAACAAAAUAAAUCGGAAGCAAGCGUUGACGAUAAUUUCAAUUUUGUCGCAAUGGAGUUCCAUUGGGAAAGUAAAACCCUCGGAAUACGAGUCAGAUGAGCGUUUCACGGGCAUUUGUCGCAUCUUGGGGCGCGUCGUGAACCGGAGCAACACAAAUUUGGGCAGUGAUCGACAUGCGGCGCAUCGAGCAGCGGAUCUCAAUGUCGUACUUCAUGUCACGGGCGAAGACGAAGCUUCAAAACUCGUCGCUAAUCUCUCCUUAACGCAAAUGGUAAAAGUACUCACGAGUUUGGCACAGCAGAAAAAUCGCAGUUUGACCCUUUUGCGCACCGUCGCUUCGAAUAUCACGGCAAAUUCGGAGAAAAUGAACAUGAAAGUCGCAAGUGAUGCCUUGUAUGCGAUGGCAAUCCUCAAUUUUUGGGAUACCGUGUUAAUUGAGCGAAUUUGUGCGGAUGCCCAAGCAGCGCUUCCGACCACGACAAAAUCCGCCGUUGUUGGAUCGAUUGUCACGAGUUUGGGUUGUUUGCGGUAUCGAAAUACGGAAUUUUUGGAAUCUGUUGCGGAAUGGACAUUGAAAAAUUUUGAAGAAUGUCGUACGCAAGAUGUGGCGGCUCUGUUUCAUUCGCUUGGCAUGCUGAAUUAUCCGACGAGCAAAUUUGACGAGUUGAAGAAGAAGGCGUUGCGUGAAGAUGAAUUUCCGAAAUCCAUGGAUUAUUUGACGCAUGUGUGGUCUUUGGUGUUAUUGAAUGCGGCGACGAAUGAACAAGUUGAUUCCGUGUUAAGACGUGAAUUCAUUGAAAAACUAGUCAACGAACGACGAGGUGACUUGUUACCGUCAACGAAGAAGAAGCUUUUAAACAUUAACGCCUACGCGACAGCAUCAAAGGACUACAAAGGAAGCUUUUUGCCGCCAGAAAGUACAAUUUUCGCCGUUCCCUUAAUGUACAGCAAAGAAAAACAAAUUUCCGUGCAUGGAAUGCUCGAGUCAUUACGGAGUCUCGUGUCGCUGGAGAAAUUCGUGAAGAUCAGCAUGAACACAAAUAUGGGUUUUGUCAUUGAUGCGGAGUGUUGUUUUGAUGCAAAAGGCAAUCCUGUGCCCAUUGAGAAGGCUGACAGUUCUUGUAAACGAGUGGCAUUUAUGGUGCAAGAGUUCAACGAAAUGUGCCAAGGAACGGAAAUCUGUCCCUCGGGCAUCACGAACUUAUCGACGACGCUCCUUGAGAAAACCGGCAGGCACGUUGUGUCAUUACCAUAUAACGAAUUCAGUGUCAGUGAAAAGCUAUUAAAGCGAGUGCAGUAUAUAGAUGAAAAGCUAAAGGUCAUUCUAAACAAAAAAUGAGAAAAAAAAAUUAGGAAAAAUGUUAUAGUUUGAUAGAAUUGCCGCCUCCCGCGUGUUUUCUUUAAAAAUAAUUAAUAAAAAAAUCACGUAAAUAAAUUUAACCGCC